AUGAUAGGCAGAUUCUAUCCCGUGAUGGCGUGCUAUGGCGUAUCCGCCGUCACCGGUUGCGUGCGAUGUUCGAAUCGCAUGUCGCGCAAGAUAUUUGCUUUAAAGUCUGUUACGCUGGGCUCGAAUGAUCGUGUUUUUUCUUCUUCUUCUAUCCCGUUCAUGGGGUUGCAAGGAACACGGCUUGGCGCCUUCCGGGCAUACUUCUUCGGAUUCUUCAUCUGCACCGCGGGUUUCCUUUUUGGAUAUGACACCGGAAUUGUCGGUGGUAUCCUGGAGUUCCAGUCCUACAUCAAUGACUUUGGCUAUAAGGAUCAAACUACCGUCAGUGCGGUAAUGGUCAGCUUGCAAAAUGUCGGCGCCUUCCUCUCUGCCCUGAGUAUCUUCUGGGUUUCUGAAAUGUUUGGUCGGAAGAAGACGGUUCAGGCAGCCAUGGGAGUCUUUUGCAUCGGUGUCAUUUUGCAGGUUGUGCCAUCCCACUCCCUCGUUUGCUUUUACAUUGGACGUUUCGUGGCUGGUCUCGGUCUUGGUGCAGGCACUGCCGUUGUACCGGCAUACAACGCAGAGAUGGCCCCCAAAGAAAUUCGCGGAAAGCUUGGAUCGGGAAUGCAGUGGCUCUUUGCCCUGGGUGUCAUGCUGAGUUAUUGGAUCGACUAUGGAGUCAAGGUCGGUCUGCCUGUUUCUUCAAAGCAAUGGCAAAUUCCAGUCGGCCUGCAAAUGGUUCCUGCAGGAGUUCUUGCCCUGGGUCUUUUUGCCAUGCCUGAGAGUACCCGCUGGUUAGCCAAGAAAGGUCGCUUCGAUGAAGCAUUUGAGAGUUUGAAAUGGAUCCGGGCUAGCGAUGGGCCGGAAGUUAAGGCAGAGUUCAACGAGAUCCGAGUUGGACUUGAGGAAGAGCUGAGAGCCACGGAAGGCUUCCAGAAGCGCGAGCUCCUUGAGCCUGCCAACCGCUAUCGACUGGCGCUUGCCUUUUUCAUGUUCUGCGGCCAGCAGUGCACCGGUAUGACGGCGCUGGCAUACUUUGGUCCUCAGUUCUUCAAGUUGAUUGUCGGUGACAACACCGACCAGUCACUUCUCAUCACCGGUCUGUUUGGAGCCGAGAAAUUCGUCACUGUCGGCAUUUAUAUUCUCUUCUUUUCGGAGAUGUGGGGACGCAAGCCUACUCUUUGGAUUUCAGCUCUGCUGAUGGCCUGUUGUUUCAUCAUUGUCACAGUUGUCAAAGAGACAACACCCAAACCAGAUGCCAAGGCAACCCCGGCUGGUAUAGGAAUGGUUGCCAUGAUUUUCUUGACCAACUCAAUUUACCAAUUCAGUUGGGGGCCCUUGCCAUGGCCGUACACCGCCGAGAUCUUCCCGACUCGAAUCCGUGCGGUGGGAACCUCCGUCGCAGUGUCAACACAGUGGCUGUUCAAUUUCCUCUUCUCUCUGGUGACGCGCUACAUGAUGAACGCGUGGGGCAGCUAUGUUUUCACAUUCUAUGCUAUCCUUGAUAUCAUCAUGGCUAUCAUCGUGUUCUUCUUUGUCAAGGAAACCAAAGGGAAGAGUCUCGAGGAGAUGGAGAGCAUCUUCAACAGCAGGGCUGCAUUCGAUGUAGAUGCUGUGCGGCGGGAGACACUGAAGGACGUGGAUGAGGUGAAUGUGCAAAACAAAACCGCCGACUAUCCUUAA